GAUGUCCCGAAAAGAGAAUCCAGCAAGAGACAAAAAGUACAAAUAUAAAACUUCUUUGUAAAAAAGGAUUCAGCCAAGCAGAACCGCCGAUUUCCUCUUAUAGAAAAGAUCUCAGCCGUCAAAUUUUCUGAACCCAACGUGUGAACAAUUAACAAAACAUAAAAUAAUAAUAAAAACACAGUCUUCGAUCUGAAUCAUAUAGGGAGAGGGACCAGAAUCACCAAAAUAAGAGUGAGAGCUUCAAAAAUCUUCACUACUGAAAAAAAAGAUGAGGUUUUCUUCAUCAAGACCCGUUUCAAGUCCGGGUCGAACCGAAAACCCGCCUCUACUGAUGCGGUUCUUGCGGACCAAAAGCAGAAGCAGAAGCAGAAGCCGUUCUCGUUCAAGAAGACCAAUCUUUUUCCGGCGGAAGAACGCGGCGGCGACGACUGAGACACAAGAACCGACUUCACCUAAAGUCACUUGCAUGGGUCAAGUUAGGAUAAACCGGUCAAAGAAAACCAAACCCGGAACUAAUCGGGUCGUCGUCGGAGGCAGUGCAACAGGUCAAAGCCGUCGGUGCGGGUGGGUCAAGAACGCUUUUUCUUGUCAUCCUUUCACCGGAAUAAUCAAACCUACUUGCUUUAGUCCCGUGUGGCGCAAAUGGAAAUCGUUUUCUAAUGUAAGUUUCUCGAGAAAAUCAGAAAAGAGAUCAAGUUCGUCGCGAAGUGAACCUAUCUUUGGCCGCUCCACGGUGGAGCCAGAAGAAACAGAGGAGACUCGUACAAAAGAAAACGAAGAAGAAGAAGCAAGUUCAUGCAAAUCUUUAACAGCUACACCACCAAGAAACGCAUUUUUACUAACUCGAUGCAGAUCUGCACCAUAUAGAUCUCCUUCAUUGGCUAAUAAAACUAGCUUCUUUGAAGAUCAAGAAGAACAGAGCAGUGAAGUAAAAGAAGACCCUUUCAGACGACACGCAUCGCCGGGAAAUGUAUUAGUAUUGGUUUCAUCAGGAGACUCAACGACUACGAGCGUUACAGAAACAACAACAGAUGAGAGAUUGGAUGGUUCAAGAAGAGAAUCAGCUGCGAGUGAUGAACUACCAAAACGAAUACACUGUGUGAUCCUCACGCGCAGUAACUCGGAGCCAGCUAGAAUCGGAGAGAAACUCGUUCCCGAGAUGAGUUAUCGACAGAACCGAAGGUUUGGAUUUACGUAAUCGGUUUACUAUUAUUAUAUUUAUUUCUUUGUAUUUUUACGAGAAAUUUUAUACAGUAAUGAAAUUACUACAGUAUUGUUGGAUUUACUUUGGGAAGUUUCACUGAAAUUGAUAUAGAGCUUUAAAAGUUUUAUUCACCCUAGAGAAUCUUUAUGGUUCCCUGACCAUGUAAUAAUAUUUUUCAAUUGUAAUAAUUAAACAAAGGGAACCAGUUUCGUUCGUACACUUAAUAAUAGAUUCGUGUUUAUAGAA